ACGGCUCCUAUAAGAGCAGCUCCGCAGCGCUGGCCCCGCACCCGCAGAGCCCUCGGGACCCGCACUGCUGCUGCCAUGAACCUCCUCCUCCUCCUCCUCCUCCUUCCUGUCCUUUCUCUCUCCCUGGCCAGGGGGUUGAAAAGGGUGACCCUGACACGGCACCGGUCCCUGCGGCAGCUGCUGCGGGAUCGGGGGCAGCUCUCCCGCUUCUGGCAAUCCUACCAGCUGGACAGGCUGCGGGACAGAGAGGUCUGCACCAUCUUCACCCAGGCCAACGAGCCCCUCAUCAACUACCUGGAUAUUGAGUAUUUCGGGCAGAUUUCCAUUGGGACUCCCCCCCAGAACUUCACUGUGGUGUUUGACACGGGCUCCUCCAACCUCUGGGUGCCAUCAGUCUACUGCAUCAGCAGAGCCUGUGCUGCACACUCCAAGUUCCAUCCCUCCCAGUCCAGCACCUACCAGGUGAUAGGAACCCCCUUCUCCAUCCAGUAUGGCACCGGCAGCUUGACGGGGGUCAUCGGGUCUGACCAAGUAACCAUCGAUGGCCUCACUGUCACCAACCAGGAGUUUGCAGAGAGCAUCAGUGAGCCAGGAAGAGCCUUCCUGGACGUGGGGUUUGAUGGGGUCCUGGGGCUGGCUUACCCCUCACUCUCUGUGGGGGGGAUCACCCCUGUCUUUGACAACAUGAUAGCCCAAAACCUGGUGGAGCUGCCCAUGUUCUCCGUCUACAUGAGCAGGAACUCUGAAUCCUCCCUGGGAGGGGAGGUGCUUUUUGGUGGCUUUGACCCCUCCCGCUUCACAGGGACCCUGAACUGGGUGCCAGUCACCAAGCGAGGGUACUGGCAGAUCCAGCUGGACAACAUCCAGCUGGAUGGGACAGUGGCUUUCUGUGCCACUGGCUGCCAGGCCAUCGUGGACACCGGGACAUCGCUCAUCACCGGCCCCAGCAAGGAGGUGAAAAAACUGCAAAACUAUAUUGGUGCCACUCCUGUGGAUGGAGAGUGCACCGUGGACUGCAACAACCUCAGCGAGAUGCCCGACAUCACCUUCACCAUCCAGGGGCUCCCCUACACACUCAGUGCCCAGGAUUACACCCUCAUGGAGUACAGUGAUGGCAUGACUUUCUGCAGCAGUGGCUUCCAAGGGAUGGACAUCCCCCCUCCCACCGGGCCCCUCUGGAUCUUGGGUGAUGUUUUUAUCCGUCAGUUUUACUCCGUCUUUGACCGUGGAAACAACAGGGUGGGCUUGGCCCCUGCUGCCCAUUAGGGGCUGAGGCACCCAGGAGGGGAUGAAGGCUGCAUCAGCAUCCCUGAGGGGGAUGAAGACCCCCUGGGGGCUGCAGCCAAAGAGCUCAGCAGGAGCUCACUUCACCAGGAAAUCAUUUCAUGAGUGAAUGUGGGGAAA